AUGGGUUCCCUUGCACUUGUUGAUGAUCUUGUUCCAGCUGAGAACGCGCUCUUCUACCAGAGCGUAUACCCUUCCUCGGCUCCCACAGUUGAGUCAGCCGAUGGACUGUACUUCACUCUGAAAAAUGGUCAAAAGAUUCUUGACUCCACCGGCGGAGCAGCAGUCUCUGCCAUCGGUCAUGGUAACGAGAGAGUCAAGAGCGCCAUCAUCAAGCAGCUGAACAAGUUCACGUAUGCCCAUCCGGGUUACUUCCAGAACGAUCCAUCCCACGAGCUUGCCGACAUCUUGGUCAAAUCCACUGGAGGCCAGUUGUCGAGAGCGUGCCUUUUGGGCUCUGGCUCUGAGGCUGUUGAAGGCGCCAUGAAGCUUGCCCGCCAAUAUUUCCUUGAAAAAGACCCCAAGGCUCCCCGCACAAAGUUCAUCGCAAGAGAAAGCUCCUGGCAUGGAUGCACUUUGGGUACUUUGGCUGUUGGCGACUUGAAGGCCCGUAAGGAGCCCUUCAUGGACGUCCUGGCCGACAACGUCUCCCACGUAUCGGCUUGCCACCCCUACAGGGAUCUUCAAAGCGGCGAGUCGUCUGAAGAGUACGUGGAACGACUUGCUCUUGAGCUGGAAGGCGAAUUCCAGAGACUUGGCCCUGAGACUGUGUGCGCCUUCAUCAUCGAGCCUAUGGUUGGAACCGCCCUCGGCUGUGUAACAGCUUUGCCUGGAUAUCUUCAGGCCAUGAAAGACGUCUGCCACCGACACGGAGCUCUCAUCAUCUUUGACGAGGUGAUGUGCGGCCUCGGGCGAACCGGCUACAUGCACGCCUGGCAACACGACAACGUCGUCCCCGACAUCCAGGCCGUGGGCAAGGGUCUCGCAGCUGGAUACGGCACAAUCUCCGCCAUCCUCAUUCACGAACGCGUCAUCGAGGGCCUCAAGCAGGGCAGCGCCUCCUUCCAGCACGGACAGACGUACCAGUGCCACCCACUCAACGUCGUCGCCGCCGUCGAGGUGCAGCGCAUUAUCAAGGAGAAGCACCUCGUCCGCAACGCGCGUCUCAUGGGCAUCCUGUUUGGACACCUUUUGCGCCAGGCCUUCAAGGACCACCCCAAUGUCGGCGAUGUGCGCGGCCGCGGCAUGUUCUGGUGCAUCGAGUUCGUGGCGGACAAGACCACCAAGGCGCCGCUCGAUCCCUCGUUGAACCUUGCUCGUCGGAUGCGUCUGCGCGGACUCGAGAAGGGCUAUGAUGUGUGCCUCUUCUCGUCGACGGGAUGCGCCGACGGCUGGAACGGAGAUCACUUCCUCCUUGCCCCGCCCUUCACCGUCACCCCCACAGAUGUAGAGGAGAUUGUGCACCGCGCUACCCGUGUCGUAAACAGCGUCUUCGACGAGGUGAGAGCGAAAGGCCAAAUUUGA